GACCACAUUUCACUAUCAGCAGCCCUUGCAGCCUUUCCUCACUACUGUAGCACCUUCAGCCCUGAGUAUCAUUACCUGUUGUCUACUGCUAAUCACUGACUGCUUUAGUCUCUACCUCAACUGUAUAUACUGCUGAUUACUGUCUGUUAGGAACUGGUUUAGUCUCUUCUCUGUCUAUUGGAAGACUGUGUAGAUAAGACUGGACAAUAUGUUCUUGUUCAUUUCAGUUUGUAUAAUUACAAUAUGUGGAUCAGCUACUGAUGCUCACUCUAUUAAUAAAAGAGAUGUUCCUCCAUUAGCUCUACACUGCACUCCUCAGUGGAAUGGAACUAAUCAAUCAUUCACUGUCCAUAUUGAUUUCAAUGUCUCCAAUGACAUUAUUGGUAGCCUUCAUCAUUUUUGGAUCACAUUUGAAGUUUCUUUAAAAUCAAAUGGAAAUACACAAUCACACGUUGACAUAGCACAGGUUUAUGCUAAUAGUGGGACAAGACAUCAAAAUGUAACUCAGUUUCAACAUACUGAUUACAAUAGACGUCCUAUUAGUAACCACUUAAAAGCUGAUUAUCAAGUGACUACGAGUUGGACUCAGUUCCCAGCUGGUGUGUCUAGUCACAUAAAAGACACUGUGUCCCUAUACCCUCCCCUUCCUCCCACUCCAGUUGAUCCAUUACUAACUAACAGUGUCUAUACUACUAGUGAUUCUACACCUUCUAUCAUAGUAACCAUCACCUCAUUGACUGUAUCAUGGACUAUUGAUGAUGGUGAUGAUAAUAAUCAACUGAUUAAAUAUUAUUUGAAUUUCACUGGAAACUUUAUUAGUCAGCAUGCUCCAUCAGUUGUUAGCAACGUGACUGCUGCAGGAAAUGAUACGUUCACAGGUCAAAGUACUGCCCCCAUUACUAUAUUUGUACGUGAUCACUCUCCAUUCAUACUAAUACAGAUGUAUUCCCAAUAUUCUGUUACUGGCAAUAGUGGCCAAAUGAUAAGUGUCACUUCUGAUAUCACCAAUAUAGCAAACAUUUCAUUAACAACAACAACAACAACAACAACUACUACUACUAGUACAACAACAACUACUACUACUACUACUACUACUACUACUACUACUACAGCAGCCACCAGUACUUCUACUAAUAAUACUCCAAUGAGCACUACAAUAGAACCAACAGCAACAACAACAGCAGUAGCAGUAUCAGAUACAUCAGUUACUAGUGUCCCAUUAUCAGUUGCUAGUGUCCCAUUAUCAGUUGCUAGUGUCCCAUUAUCAGUUACUAGUGUCCCAUUAUCAGUUACUAGUGUCCCAUUAUCAGUUACUAGUGUCCCAUUAUUGAGUGUGACUAUGGAGACAUUGAGUGUUAUGUCAUCUCAUCAGGUAACAGAAUCAGUGACAGGAAGCACCACUACUAAUGGAUCUUCCUCCUUCACACAGGAAACUACAGUCAUCAUUGCAACAAGUUCACUGUUUGUGUUGUUGUUAGUAAUUGGUAUAGUACUGGUCGGCUUUUGCUGGUUUAUCAUAAACAGGAGAAAGAAGUUCAAGAACAUAUCGGAAGGUUUUGAUAUUGAAAGAAAUGAUGACAUGUUUGCAAUAUUCAACAACCAACAGCAGACUGUAUUGCUAAAUGGACACUCCUCAAAGGAUUGCAAUGUUGACCUAACCUUCUCUCUACACACUGAUGAAUGGGAGAUACCUUUUGAUAUGAUACAGUUUGAUCACUUGCUGGGUGAAGGUUGUUUUGGUGAAGUUUAUUUGGGGAGAUUGAAACAGGAGUUUAGCAGCAGUGUUUUAACAGCUUAUUUUAGACAAAAUAAUACCAACGGGUUUGUAGCAAUCAAACUAUUGAAACCUACUGCCUCCAGCAGUGAAAAGAAUGACUUCCUUAAAGAGAUAGAACUAAUGAAGAAGAUAUCAGUUGGUAAAAACCCUCGAGUUGUUAAUAUGCUGGGAUCAGUGACAGUGCAAGAACCAAUGCUACUGGUAACUGAGUUUGUGGUGCAUGGAGACCUACUGACCUUCUUAAGGGCUUGCAGGAAGAAGAUUGUGUUUCACAGAGGGAAAGGGCAACACAAUGAAGACACCUCUGACGAACAGUUUGGAGUACUUGAUUCAAAUGAUUUAGUUUCGUUUGCUUAUCAAAUAACUUCAGGAAUGGAGUAUCUUGCUAGUCUUCAGGUAGUACACAGGGACUUAGCCUGCAGGAAUAUACUGGUAGGGGAAGGGAAGAGUCUCAAGAUUACUGACUUUGGAAUGUCAAGGAUGAUAUAUCAUGACACUGCUUAUGUUAAGACAACCAAAGGGAAACUGCCAUUGAAGUGGAUGUCGAUAGAAUCAAUCAUUGACAGGAUAUUCACUACAGCAUCUGAUGUCUGGUCAUUUGGCAUAUGUUUAUGGGAAAUAGCAACACUUGGUAAUGUACCAUACCCAACAGUGAGCAAUGAGGAUCUAUUACCAAUGUUAAAUCAAGGAUAUAGAAUGGAAAAACCAAACAGCUGCUCUGAUGAAAUUUAUCAAAUCAUGCUAUCAUGUUGGGAAGCUCUACCUGAUGAGAGGCCAUUGUUUAGUGACCUCAGAUCUAAUUUCGAUCGUAUAUUGUCCAGACAACGUAACUUUGACGAGAACUACAUUGACUUAAGCGCCACCAACACUUUGGCAGUUCCUGUACCUUCAAUUGAUGCUGCUAGUGUCACUGAAGAUGAAGAACCAGUUAAAGAAAUGAAAGAGAAGGAGAGAAUGCUGUCAAAUUCAAGAUUGUCCAAUGUAUACGUGGAGAGUCCCUCUCACAGUUACGACUAUAAAGCCGAGAGGCCAACUCGUCUCUCAUUCCAAGGAGGCACUCUCUCACCAACAGCAGCUGUCACUCCAGGAGGUAUAUCGCUACCAGUCAAUAACGAAAGUAAGAGCUGGAACGCUACCUUUGGAUCACAUUUGAAUGCCAGCCCAACAGGAAGUAACUAUAUGUGAACAAUUUUAAAAACCAACUUAAUAAAAUAAAAUAAUGUAUAAUGAUAUAGAGUAGUAAUGUGUUAUGUAUCAUAGAGUGUGCUAGUCUUCAUCGCUUAUCACUAUAACCUCAUGUUCAGUUUUGUUUCCCAUUACUAUAACAUCAUUAGUA